CUUUUCCCCCACUCUUUCUCCGAUCCCUCACGCCCUCUUCCAUCUCUCCCGCUAUGGUCACCAGCACCACCCACCAACGCGCGGCCGCCGGCGAGAAGAGCUCCGACACGACCUCCAAGGGGGCCGGAACCCGUCCCUCGUGGGCUACGGCUUCUGCUCUCUCUGGCGGCCACUCCGCUUCCACCAGCGGCAGCGCUGGCUCGCCUUCUAGCCGCUCAGAGCCUGCUGCCUUGGCUUCGGCCGCCGCCACCACUCCUGUCAGCGAGAACACCUUUGUCCGGCUUAAUCACCUUGAUAUCCAUGGUGAUGAUGCCGGAUCCUCUCAGGGUGCUGCUAGUGCUAAGAAGAAAAAGAGAGGAGCACGAGCAGUUGGAGCUGACAAGAGUGGCAGAGGACUUCGUCAAUUCAGUAUGAAAGUUUGCGAGAAAGUAGAAAGCAAGGGGAGAACCACUUACAAUGAGGUUGCAGAUGAACUUGUUGCGGAAUUUGCGGAUCCUAACAGUAAUAUGGGAUCUCCAGACCAGCAACAAUAUGAUGAGAAGAACAUACGCCGGAGGGUGUAUGAUGCUCUGAAUGUUCUCAUGGCAAUGGAUAUAAUCUCCAAAGACAAGAAAGAAAUACAAUGGAAAGGCUUACCUCGAACAAGUCUGAAUGAUAUUGAAGAAUUAAAGGCAGAGCGUAUUGGGCUGAAAAACAGGAUUGACAAGAAAACUGCAUAUUUGCAAGAAUUGGAAGAUCAAUACAUAGGUCUUCAGAACCUUAUUCAGCGAAAUGAGCAAUUAUAUGGGUCUGGGAAUGCUCCCUCUGGCGGAGUGGCUUUACCAUUUAUUCUUGUUCAGACUCGCCCUCAUGCUACUGUUGAAGUGGAGAUUUCAGAAGAUAUGCAGCUGGUGCACUUUGACUUCAAUAGCACUCCUUUUGAGCUGCAUGAUGACUCGUAUGUCCUCAAGGCAAUGAGAUUCUGUGAAAGAGAACCAAAUGAUGGCGCCCGCGAACCUAGCUCGAACGGAGGCGAGUGCUCCAGCACCGUGGGCAUGCACCAAAAUCAAAUCCCGCAAACUACAAGGUCCAACCUCACCGGUAAGCUUCCCGCCUCGCCACCAAUUCCCGGAAUUCUAAAAGGACGCGUGAAGCAUGAACACUGAUCUGUAAAACUCAAGCUUUGUAUGUUGUUCAGGGGCCGGGUUUAUUUUUGUUUUCUCUUUAUAAUCUCUGUAUAGUAUCAUCAAGUAACAAGAUGACCUAUGAACCAACAAAAGAUCUUCUCGCCUUAUCGGCUUUUGACAUGCUAGCUAGAAGGAUAGAAUGCGCAUCGACUUCUUGAAAGGUAUUUUAGGAGUUUAUCGAGUCCAUCGAUGCGUGAAGUGGGUAAUUCAUGUUAUUGUGGUAUAGUUGUGUAUCAUUUUUUGAUAUAGUACUGGUUUUCAGAUGUUUCAAUUGGAAAAGUUUAUCUUUAACUUCUUAA